AUGAGUGAAGCUUCCAAACGCUUCACUUCCCGUUUCGAACUCACCACCGAUCUCUGCGCUUUACCAUCAGUAGCAGAAGACACCAUCGUAGCUACCCUUCGUGAACGUUAUCUAGCAUCACAACCUUACACCGCCCUCUCUUCCUCCGCCCUUGUCUCCGUAAACCCUUUAACUUAUCUCCCAGUCAAUGGAGAUGCUCCUCUACAAGACUAUGUCGCCGAAUAUCAUCGGAACGCCGUUGAAGAUGCGUCUGGCAACAAAGAACGUUUGGGUCCACACAUCUUCCGACUGGCAUUAUCGGCGUACUAUAACAUGCGUCGAACGAGACAAGAUCAGAUCAUGGUCUUGAAUGGCGCAUCCGGAUCGGGAAAAACAGAAAUGCGGAGACUCGCAGUCAAGGCCAUCUCAGAAGUCAGCGUCGCCAGUCCAGGCAGAAAAGGGGCAAAGGUCGGACCACAAGUUGCCAAUGCAGAAUUCAUUCUUGAAUCGUUUGGUAACGCUCACACUCUUUCCAACGACAACGCCUCCAGAUUCGGCAACUACACCGAACUACAGUUCAACGAUCGUGGUCGACUUGAAGGGCUUAAGACUAUCGAAUACUAUUUUGAGAGAUCUCGAGUAUCACAACCACCUGCCACCGGCGAGCGUAACUUUCAUGUCUUUUACUACCUCGUUUCUGGCAUUGUCGGCGAGGAAAAGUCUUUCCUCAAAUUAGGCCACGUAAACGAUUAUCACUACCUCAGAGGUCGGGUUCGUCGAACGGGCGUAUCAGACGAACAGAGAUUCGAGCAACUGAAACAAGCCUUCAGAGCCGUCGGACUUUCAACACGACUGGUUGCACAAGUAUGUCAGCUAUUGGCAGCCAUCUUGCACAUCGGAAACUUGCAGUUUAGCGGUGACCGUUCCAUGCACGAAGGAGCCAUCGUCGAUAACCUCGAUGUCCUCAAUACCGUCGCUGAAUUCCUUGGUAUACAUGCCGACCUUCUCGCAGAGCUCUUCUCCUUCAAGACACUCCUCAUCCGAAAAGAAGUCUGCACCACGUUCCUCGAUCCCCAACAGGCCGAGGAUGUUCGGGAUGAACUGGCGAGAACAUUAUAUUCCCUUCUCUUCUCUUGGCUCAACGAACACAUCAACCAAAAGCUGUGCCGAGACUCCUUCGGCUCUUUCAUCGCCUUACUUGACCUUCCUGGACCUCAGAACAAUGCCGGUCUCACGUCGGCUGUCAAUUCCGUCGAUCAAUUUUGCUUCAAUUUCGCCAACGAAAAACUACAAAAUUGGACUUUGCAUCGACUACAUGAGGUUCCUUUCGAGGAGGCGUCUAGAGAACGAUUACCGAUAUCACGUCUACCUUACUAUGAUAACUCGGAAUGUCUCAAGAUGCUUGCUGAUCCAAAAGGUGGUGUGAUCCACAUCAUGGACGACCAGGCGAGGAAGAAAAAGUCCGAAGCAAGCUUCCUUGAGGCAUUAGGCAAGAGACAUACCGUCCAUGCUUCGUUUUCUCUGGGAGAUACCAGUCGUCAAGCGGGUUCGAGUUUCACGAUCAACCACUAUUCUGGCGCUGUCACCUAUUCCACCGAAAACUUCCUUGAACGCAAUGCAAAUGAGACAAGUGCGGACAUCCUCCGUCUUCUGAAGGGUACUCCCGGCGCUGUUGGUGAAGAUCAAGGUUCGAACAAUCCCUUCAUCAAAGGGUUGUUCUCGUCCAAGGCAAUGACCACUCAAGCCCAUCCCAGGAAUGAUGACACUAUCGUCGCUGCUCAACAGCCCGUCCGCCCUAUGCGGGCACCUUCCACUCGUCGGAAGAAGGGUCCAAGGCUGACUGCGGUGACCGAGGAGGAGGAAGAUGACCAAGUUGGAGGUGGAAACGAUGAAGCUCCUGCUGGAGCAGAGAAGGAGAUGCAGUGUGUGGCUGGGCAACAUCGAGCCGCUUUAGAUACCUUACUGGGCACUUUCGAUCAAGCACAACCCUGGUUCGCCUUUUGUGUUCGACCCAACGAUUCUCAGCUUCCCUCACAGGUGGAGACUCGAAGUGUCAAGGCGCAGAUACGAAGUAUCGGCUUGACAGAGAUGGCCCAAAGGUUGCAGAUGUGUUAUGAGGUUCGUAUGAGUCACGCUGAGGCUUGCGAGAGAUACGCUGAAGAGUUAACUCUGAAUGGUGUGGACAGCGAGAAGACGAGCGCGCAGCAGCUGCAUGAGUUGAAGGAGAAGCUGGGGCUGAAAGAUCUGGAUAUGGGGAUCGGGACGACUACCGUCUUCUUAUCCCAUUCCGUCUUUCAACGAUUUGAAGAUCGACUCCGCUCUCAGGAGCCUAGCGAGAGGCCGAAAUACACCGAGCGCGAAAAUACCUCUGGAGAUCUUAAGGUCGACCCUUUCUCUCCAUACUCCAAGGACGUUUCCCCCAUCCACUCCCCAGCCCUCGGUCAGCUGCCAUACUCAGCACAGGAUUCGUCCGUUGCCCUCCCCCUGGUGCAAUAUGCUCAACCCUUGCCUCAAGAAUCCCUUGACGACCUCGACCGCACCCGGGGUUUUGCCCCGAGUCAGGUGGCCAGUCAAUAUGACACCAUGUCUAACGUUGGUACAGAGACUUACGCUCCUUCUCGCAACAUGUUCCGUGAUAUGGAUCACAAAGACGAGAAGGAUGUCCUUGACGAGGAGCCGCAAGACGGGGAGAUAACGGAAGAAUACCGUGAAUCGGCUGCUCGUCGACGAUGGGUUUUGCUCUGCACUAUGCUCACAUUUUGGAUACCCAACUUUAUGCUCAACAAACUUGGCGGGAUGAAACGGCAAGAUAUCCGGCAAGCUUGGCGAGAGAAGCUCACCAUCAACCUCAUCAUCUGGUUCAUCUGUGGAUGCACCGUUUUCGUCAUUGCUUUCCUUGGUCCUAUCAUCUGUCCCACACAACAUGUCUACAGUUCUUCCGAACUGGCCAGUCAUUCGACAAAACUCAAUCCCAACAAUGCCUUUGUGUCGAUCCGUGGGGAGGUAUUUGAUUUAUCUACUUUCGCUACUACUCAUCUUACCGCUGUAUCGGUAGUCCCGACCAAAUCGGUCCUCCAAUAUGGUGGUCUCGACGCUUCCCACCUGUUCCCCGUUCAAGUGAAUGCGCUGUGUCAAGGAACCACCGGCUCGCUGAGUCCUUGGGUGACCUUGGAUACGACCAACACGUCGGAUCCAUACAGCCAGUACCACGAUUUUCGUGCUUUCACCAACGACUCUCGUCCUGAUUGGUACGCCGAACAGAUGAUCAUGUUACGUUAUCGGUACCGUGUGGGUUUCAUGGGAUAUACGAAGAAAGAUCUCAAGAACAUGGCUAACGCCGGACGAGCCGUCGGAGUGUACAAUAACCUUGUAUACGAACUCACCACUUAUAUCCAACAAAAUGGUGGAGGAUUGAAGACUCCAAACGGAGUCAAUUUAACUGCUCAAGAUCAAGCAGAUAGACAAUUCAUGUCACCAGAGGUUGUCUCUUUGUUCACUUAUAAUUCCGGAAAAGAUAUAACUACCCUUCUGGAUAAUUUAUCAGGUACCAUCGGUUCCGACGUAGUCAACAACCAAAAAGUUUGUCUUCGAAAUCUUUUCAUCAUUGGUAAACUCGAUACCCGAGAUAGUCCCCAAUGUCAAUUUAGCACUUACAUCCUUUUAGCUUUAUCCUGUAUCAUGGUGGCUAUCAUCGGUUUCAAAUUCCUCGCCGCUAUUCAUUUCUCUUCGUCCCGAGCACCGGAAAAACCAGAUAAAUUCGUCAUUUGUCAAGUCCCUUGUUAUACAGAAGGAGAAGAAUCACUUCGACGUACAAUCGAUUCCUUAGUGCGAUUGGAAUAUGAUGACAAGAGAAAACUUUUGGUAAUCAUUUGUGAUGGGAAUAUCAAAGGUUAUGGGAACGAUAAAUCUACACCUGGUAUCGUCCUUGAUAUCUUGGGUGUGGAAGGACAUCAAGAUCCUGAACCUCUGAGUUUUCAAAGUUUGGGAGAAGGUGCUAAACAACAUAAUAUGGGGAAAAUAUAUGCUGGGUUAUAUGAGACUGCAGGUCAUAUAGUACCUUAUUUGGUAGUUGUUAAAGUCGGUAAACCUACGGAAAGACCAAAACCUGGUAAUAGAGGAAAGAGGGAUUCGCAGAUGAUCUUGAUGCACUUUUUGAAUAAGGUCCACUUCAAUGCCCCCAUGAACCCCCUGGAAUUGGAAAUGUAUCAUCAGAUCAAGAAUGUCAUCGGGGUGAAUCCGUCAUUCUACGAGUACAUCUUCAUGGUGGAUGCCGAUACUACCGUUGAGAAGUUGUCAUUGAAUCGGCUGGUCGCUGCAAUGCAACAUGACAAGAAGAUCAUCGGCGUUUGUGGCGAGACUAGUAUAUCGAAUGCUAAACAGUCUAUUGUGACCAUGUCGCAAGUGUACGAAUAUUUCAUCUCCCACCACCUCGCCAAAUCCUUCGAAUCUUUGUUCGGCAGUAUAACCUGUCUGCCAGGUUGUUUCUCCAUGUACCGACUCCGCACUCCUGACACUCACAAACCACUCUUCAUCUCUAAUCAAAUCAUUCAGGAUUACUCUGAGAACAGAGUCGACACUCUCCAUCUUAAAAACCUUCUUCAUUUAGGAGAAGAUAGAUAUCUCACCACUCUGGUACUGAAGCAUUUCCCGAAAUACAAAACCAAAUUUGUUCGUGAUGCACACGCAGAGACUGUCGCUCCGGACUCUUCGAAAGUUUUACUUUCUCAAAGAAGAAGAUGGAUCAAUUCGACGGUACAUAAUUUAGCAGAGUUGGUGUUUUUGGAACAAUUAUGUGGAUUUUGUUGUUUCAGUAUGAGGUUUGUGGUGUUUAUUGAUUUGUUAUCGACUAUCGUGGCUCCUGUCACUGUGGCCUAUAUCGUCUAUCUUGUCUAUCUGGUAGCCCACAAUCACGCCACCAUACCAACGCUAUCCAUCGUCAUGCUCGCUGCCAUCUACGGCCUGCAAGCACUCGUCUUCAUUUUCCGUCUGCGUUGGGACAUGAUUGCCUGGAUGGUCUUUUACAUCCUCGCUAUCCCCGUGUUCUCAUUCUUCCUCCCCUUGUAUUCCUUCUGGAGGAUGGACGAUUUCUCGUGGGGUUCUACUCGUCUUGUUGUCGGAGAAAAGGGCAAAAAGCUUGUCAUUCACGAUGAAGGUAAAUUUGAUCCUCGAUCUAUUCCACUUAAAUCGUGGAACGACUAUGAAAACGAACUUUGGGACCAUGAGUCCAGUCAUUCACACGGCUCUUUCAUUCCUCAGAAAGAUCACCCCUUCCAGGAUCACACAGGAAACGGAUAUGGAUACGGAUCUCGUGCUCCCUCUUCUUACGGCGGAGACAACUUUGAACCUCCCAUGCGUAACAUGUCUCACGCUGGAUCCUACGUGGAUCUCAGAGCGGCAUCAAGACCUCCAUCGUCAUACAAUCCUCUUCCUCACCCAGGUUAUGCAGGUAGUAUGACAGGUUCAUAUCAUCCUCCAGGUAAUUUUGAUCAACGAUCUUUCUACGCUGGAAGCAUAUAUAAUCAACCUCCUCCACCCAUGAUUCAAAUGGGUCAGAUGGGAACCAUGCCACCUCAAGGGGGAACGGACAGACAAUCAAGUUAUUCGUAUUUUGAUCCAGCACAAGCUAGAGGUUCAAGUUAUUCACUUUCCAAUCAAAUCCAAACGUCUGGUCAGAAUCAACCUAGUGCGGGUAUGUUACCUGAGGUUGCUAUUCCAGGUUUGUCUCUCGGUCAAGCGGGAGUGACGGACGGACAAUUGGAAUUGAGUAUCAGAAGGAUUUGUCAAGGUGCGGACUUGGACAAGUUGACAAAGAAGGGAGUUAGGAAACAGUUGGAAGAGGAAUAUGGAUGUGAUUUCUCGGAAAGAAAGGAUGCUAUAGGAAAGAUUAUCGAGAGGGUUUUAGUGGUAGCGUAG